AGAAUCCCAAACCUAAUCCUUCGAGAGAGAAAAAAUCUAAACCGACGAAUAAAGGAGAGAUAAGUUGUCUGUCAAGGCUCCAGAAGAGCCGCAAACGCAGACAAAGAAGCCCUUGUGGCGUGACCAUGAAGCCACGCCCGCCGGCGGGGGCGUCGUCCGCUUCCGCCGUGACCGCCAGGCUCCGGCCGCACCUCGCGCGGAUCACCUCCUUCCUGAUCGUCUUCGCCGUCGGCUACUCCGUUGGCCUCCUGUCCUCGUCCACCCGGCCGUCGCUGAGGCCGUCCCAGACGACGAUCGUGCGGCCGCACGCCGCUCACCUCACCGACGCCUCCACCACCGUCCCGGCGCCGAACGCCACGGCCGCGGGGGUGGCGGCGGCGGCGACGACGGCGAGCUACCCGCGGUCGCCGCCGCACGACCUGUUCCGGUUCAGGGAGGAGUGCGGGGAGCCGGUGCCGAGCGACGCCGUCGUGCCGACGCUGCUCGAGAAGCUGUUCGACGGCGAGAGCCCCUACGCGGGCUUCCCCACGCCGCAGACCGCGGCGCUGCUGCACCCGGCGAAGGCGCGCCCGCGCGGGUGGGGCUCGACGGGAGCCGUGUUCGCGGAACUCAUCGAGGCGGUGCGCCCGGAGGUGAUCGUGGAGCUGGGCGCCUUCCUGGGCGCGUCGGCGCUGCACAUGGCGGCCGUGUCCCGGAACCUCUCGCUGUCCCCGGCCAUCCUCUGCAUCGACGACUUCCGCGGGUGGCCGGCGUUCCGCGAGCGGUUCCGGCGCGACGUCCCGCCGCCGCGGCACGGGGACGCGCUGCUGCUGCCGCAGUUCAUGGCGAACGUGGCCGCGGCGGGCGCCGACGCCGCGGCGCGCGUGCUGCCGCUGCCCUUCUCCACGGCGUCCGCGCUGUCCGCGCUGUGCGGGUGGGGCGUGUACGCGGACCUCAUCGAGGUGGACGCCGGGCACGACUUCCACUCGGCGUGGGCGGACAUCAACCUGGCCUGGGCCGUGCUCCGGCCCGGCGGCGUCAUGUUCGGCCACGACUACUUCACCUCCGCCGACGACCGCGGCGUGCGCCGCGCGGUGACGCUCUUCGCCAAGGUCAAAGGGCUCACCAUCCGCCCCCACGGCCAGCACUGGGUGCUCUCCCCGAAGCCGCGCGGCCACGGCAACGCCCGGUGAGCGGUGAGUACGUGCUCGUCGCUGUCGCCGUCGAUCGCGACCCCGGCCACGCACUGGCCAUCAUCCUCCGGUGCGGAACCAGACGUGUCGCGUUGCACCAGCUCCCUGCUUGCCCGUGUUCGUACUUGCAGGUUCAGCACCCACCACCUCGAUCAAAAGCCGACGAAAAAGGUUGCGGCGUUGCCACUAUUCUCCGAAGUGUUCCUUUCAACCACCAUCAAUCUUUUUCCCCCGCCUUAUUCUUCUCUAACUGCGCUUAAGAAUGCAUUUGUUCUUCUCUGAGAUACUAUAUUCCUGUAGCAUUUGGACGAUGGAAAUUUAUGUAUAGACAUGAACACGACGGCUGCAAGUGUACUAUGGAGUAACUUAAGCUAGAUACAUGGAAUGUUGCUGUUGAUGGUCC